AUGACUUCCGCCAACGCACCGAAGCCAGAGUCUCUGAAGGAUAAAUUGAUAUCCUCCAAUACAGAGGUAGUAAGUGUAUUUGGCGGACGCGGUCCAAGCGACCGAAAACAUCAGUGUGAGGAAUUUUUUAAAGAUUUACUUGAACUUCCGAAUCGUCGACUUAAUUCUUCUCACCUUUCUGUUACAUUGAAUGUAGAUGAUUUGGUCCAAGAACUCCAAAGCAAAAAGUCUAGCAAGGAGGAACUUGAGGAACUCAAGUCUUUGUGUUACCAGAAACUUCAAUUGUUGGUAGGCAUUGAAGCUGAUGAUGAUAAAAGUCUCGAUUCGGCAAUCAAGGACUUUCAAGGAAUACUAGGUCAUCGUCAACUCAUCAAAGACAAUACCCGUGCCAUAAACUUUAGCUUUGAGACUGCUUCGUACCCAGAGCACAAAUCGGUUUCACGGACGGAAAAGACUAAGAAUCUUCUUAAGAAAGUUGAAGAACUCUUUCAAACCGUCGAUCCUCAAUCGAUCACCAACUUGCGUUGGGAAUUAGGAAGAAGUUAUACUGGAAGAUCUUACUCCUUUGAUAUCUAUGAUCCAAAGCAGGUUUACUCGACUUCCUCAAAAAACCUUCUUCAAAUCGUUUCUACCUUUACCAAUCUGGUCACUUUUCAAUACAUUUCACGCGAUACCCAGUCAACCUUUGAGGAGAUGGUGUCUAAGACGCUCGCAAGUUUACCCAAUCUUGAGGUCCUUGUGAUUUCUCGUGAAGAGACGGACGUAUACCGAUGGAUUGAUGAGUGUCGGUGUAAACUCUCUUACGAAGAAGAAAUUGGCAAAUUGAUGGGUGAAUCCCUCAGUUCAUUGACCAAGCUCAAAAGAUUACACUUGCAAGGUCUCAUUGCACCACGUCAAGGAUGGGGUGGAUUAGAUUGGAAGUGCCCUCUAGAGUAUCUCAAGGUGACUGAGUGUCCUAGACUUUAUGGCGAGGCUAUUUUUUCUGUGGCGAAGGCUUUCCGUAAAACGCUCUUGGGCCUACUGCUUGGUCCUGAGAUCAGUCAACCCCAUGAAAUCCCACAACCCAAGAUUGAGUUCGGUAAAGAAUUUGUGGUCUUAGAGGAUCUCUCGGUGCGAGCAUACCUAGGAAUGCAUGAAGAGACAAGACUGAUCGAUGUUAUGUCUCAAGCUCCGAAACUGAAACACUUUGAUAUCCACGCAAACGAAACCGACGUACUUUCUCGCAUCAAAGAACAAAUCGAACAGCCCGGUUCCGCUUGGGCAAGUCUUCAGACCCUUGGAGUUGAUGCUCCCGACAAGCGCGAUUAUUCAGACUCCGAAUCCGACGAAGAAGAAGGCUUUGUUUUACUUGAUGAGAAACUGAAGACCGUCAGUGAAUUUGUUUCCCACAAGUUUGGUUUACUAGAUGCCGAGUGGGAUUGGCCGCGCAGGGAUGAUCAUAAGGUGAAAUAUAACUAUGGUAAGAUGACGCUAGCCAAUGGUAAGGUGAUUGAAAUUAAAGCCCAAGAUGUUUAUCUUCGAGAUCGUACUUCUUUACAAUAUCUCGAUACUGUUGAAUUGAUACCACGGUUGUCAUCUUGA